AUGCCCCAGAAACGCUCCUUCUCCCCCGCGUCCGAUGAUGGGGAUACUGAAAUGCCACCCAUGGCAGACGAUGACACGCCUCCACCUCCGGAGCGUCCCAUUAUCCGUCAAGCUGUGGCUUUCUCAGCGACACUACAAGCUCCUCCUAGUAUUAGCACGUACCAAGCAUCGCUUCCAACCGUUGCUUCGAAGAAAAAUUAUUUUUUACCUGGACAAGAGGUUCCUGCCAAUCCUGGUAUGGUGAUGGAUCCCAAGCCCUCAAAAACAAAGAAAACGGGAGGGGCUGCAAAACGGGCGAAGAGGGGAGACAAAUUUUCAGGUCAAACAAGUCGUUUUCGUCUGCAAGCUUACGAUCCUACUCCAAAUUUUGACCCUCCGUUGGCUCAUGGCCAGGGGCCAUACUCAUCGUUGUAUCGCUAUACCUCAGAAGGCCCCCCACAGGAAUCCCAACCUCCUGCCGCGAGGUCAACGGUCGCUUCGAUAACAGCGUCUUCCUCACAACGUCCUAGAAAGGAGCACGCGUCAUCAAGUUCAACUAGGGCCAAAUCUUCGACCUCAAGAAGCAAGAUCUCCGCUUCGAAAGGCAAAGCGCUGCAGACGAACGUAGCACCAGCACCACCAAUUGAUAUCAUGACUGGACAUGGUAUGCCUCCUGCAAAUUUGGCGGCAUUCAGCGGGCCUUCGAGUUCAUCUGCUUCACCCACAUCCUUCGGCACAAAUUCGUAUUACCGCCGCGACUAUGAAGGCGGAAAUACGCUCGAGGUACAGAAGGGACGGACGCCAAGGUCCCCGCCUACGGCUACGGAGGCAAGGCGGGCAUCUGUGCAAACUCGAUCUCCCAGCACAAAUACCCGUGAAGAUCAGCAAGAAAGAUCCACUGCGGGCAGCAUUUCUCCCACACCCAUUUCUCCCCCACCCGCUCCCUACAGGGCAGAUCCUGCGAGCCCUCCUGGAAAAAAACCUACGCGACAACCUCUCCGCAUGGUUACACUUCUUAUGCAAGACAUAAGGAGUGGCGAGAUAGAUCACCAACUUGCCGAGGUCAAAGUACCUCUUCGACCGGCCGAAGAUCCUCGAGAUGGAUAUUGGGCCGAUGCCAAAGAGCUCAGUGAGAAAUUACAAGCCGGCCCUGCCAGAAUUGAUGGCCCUGCAAAAGCGUACACUUUACGGGGAAAAUACCGACAGUUUUUUCUGCGUGUAUCAGCUGAUAACAUUGACGAAUUCAUCUCAGCCAACAUUGUUGUAAAUCCAGAUCGAACUCUGGACGUUGUGAUCGAGACACUCUUGCCACCUGGAGCCCCUCCUCUUCCUCCGAGAAUUCCAAAGGAACUAGUCAGGGCACCGUCACCAUUACCAGCAGACAUGGAAGUCCUUCACCGAAAUCCACUAUCAGUCAAAGAGCAAUUUCGAGAAAGAAAUGAACAGAGAGCUCGUGGACCUUCCACCCUGGAGCGACGCCCAUCACCAUUUGACGACUACGAUGGCCAUCCCGAUAACGGACGUAAAUCUUUGCAACACGCAUCUACAUAUGGCAUUUCCCGGGAGGUUUCCAUGUCACCUACGGUCACAUCUACGGGACGCUCAUCUGUUUCUGCUGCAUUACCCCCGGGUAAACGAAUUGAACGAUGCUACGACUCACCCGUCGAAGAUGAUGAUCCGGAAACGGUGCAUGAAUUGGUUUCUAAAGCCACUGACACUCUCCUUCAAAUGGACAGUGGUUGGGCUUUGUUUUUCAGAGCCAAGGCUGCGCCGCAGAAUUGCCAACAAGUGCUGAAACAGUACGAGUUCGUACAGCGGAUGAUGGACAAGUGGGUCGGUGAAAUCGUGCCCUUCAAAUCAGUUCACCAUGAAAUCGAAGAGGUUUCGCAGUCUCAUAUCCUUCAGGCCCUUCGGAUAGAAGACGAAGAGAAGAAAUAUGCUUCAAAUUGUACCGAAACCCUCGAUCUGCUUGCUUUGUAUGGAAAAGGUGGAAGUCGAUACGAGAACCAACGUGUGGUCGACCUGGUCAAUGAUCAAACGCGACCUGCUUACAAUGCGAAACCGAUCAAACGACUCUUACAUUUGUUACGCGAGGUCGACGAGCAGUGGCGGAAAGACCAAGCCAGUGGUGCCUCCAAUUCAAUACAUACCUGA